AUGGCUGCCGUGGAGCCGGCGAAACCCGUGGAAUUGAAAAUUCCAGAAGAUUAUACGAAAUUAUUGCGAGAAUUUAUUGAAAAACGAGGCACCGGUCUACAAAAAGUGUUUAUCAAAAAACUAUGGUCGGUUCGUGAAGAUUUGCUCGACAAUUUGAGCCCCUCGGAAACGCGAAUGAUGUUUUUCACAGUGAAUUUGGCAACAUGUCCAGAAGGAGUCAAACUACUUGCUGGUUUCAUCGAAAAAAUCGGACCUCUCACCGCUUUUCGACUCGUUCAAAAACUCAUCAUUCAAUUCAAUGCAACCAGUUCAGAUUGUCAGAAAUAUGGAGAUGUGUUUAAAACUUGCUGGAAAAUCGCGAACGCUGAAAACAAUUAUGAUUUAACCGAAGUUUUGGAGACCGAAGUGAUAUCUCAACUUUGCUAUUUCUCAAUGUACACACACGAACCAAUUGCUCAAAGAUAUCGAGACAUGUUAUAUCCAUUUGUCCAAGAAAAAAAGAUCAAUAAAAAUAUGGAUUAUAUGAUGACAUCACAAUUGAAUUCAUGUAUGUACAAAGGAUUAAAAUCAACCAAUGAUGUAGUUCGAAUCUCCUCGGCUAACGUAUUUUUCAUGUUUUAUCCAUUAGUCGAUUCAGAUUCUGAUGAGAUGAAAAGAAGUAUGAUUGAACAACACAAAAUCAUGGUUGAUUUAUUGGCUGAUAGUUGCACUGUUAUUCGCUCAGAUGCGGUUAAAAAAGUGCUGAAAAUACUCGCUGAAUAUUGGUUGAUUAUUCCAAAAGAAACUGUCAAACAAUUAAUGUCAAUUAUUGUUGAUGUUCUUUCUCGCGAUUCUGUGAUCAAUGUUCGAGUUUCGGUUUUUGAGGGAAUGAAACAACUUGUGAUUGUUCCAUCGUGUAUGAAUGCAUUUGAACAUGCGUUAAAAUGUAUAACAUUACGAGGAAUCAAUGAUAAAUCAGAUCGGGUUAGAUUAGCCGCUUUCACUCUUCUCAAUAAUCUCAAGAGUCACAGAUUCAUCAGUGUACGUUUUCCUAAAGUUUUCAAAAAUAUUUACUUCAAUGAAAUCUUUCAGAUCUUCGACAUUGUAUCACGCGAUGAAGUGAUCGCUCGACUCGACAUCGAAACUGUUGAAGCAGUUUGCAAAAAAAUCGUUCCACUAAUCCACACGCUUCUCCCGAUAUCAAAAGAUGUUGAUGAGUCUUAUUAUCGUCCUCGAAUUAAUUAUAUCAUUGGGAAGAGUCGAAUCGCCAUUUUGACUUAUUUUAGAUUGUUAUAUCCGAUGAAGAUUGUGGAUGCUGAGAUGGCCAGUGAGUUUGGAUGAGCACAGAAGUUCCAGUGUGGGAUGACGUGGCAACCAAUCUUGCGAAAUCUAGGUUUCCAAAAUGAAAACAGACGCCGAUAAAACUUGGUUUAUGAAUCUUCAGCUAAUUUUCAGUUUUCAGAGCUGAAAAUCCUGAUAUAAAGAAAAAUCUAUAGCCUAGGAUCAAUUUUUAAAUUGUCCUGAAGUUCAGAGUUCAAAUCUGAGUUUUUUUUUGAGAGAUCCAGAUCUUGCAUGGGUUAAAAGUUCUGAUUUUCACCAUUUUUCAUUUAAAAAAUUGUGAAAAAUCGCAAUUUUGCCACGUCAUAACUCAGAACCCCCUUAUAAAUCCCCAAACCCCGAUUUUUUUUCCAGCCAAAUUAAUCGAAAUGCUUCUCAUUUGGACCUACCGUUACAUUCGAAAAAAGGAUUGUCCACCACUUCCAGAAGACUGUGAUAGUUUCAACAAAGCGCGUGUCUAUCUCGAAUGCGCUCUCAUCCUCUACAUCUCCUGUCGCUCUCUUUUCCUUCUCGAUGAAAACUUUGCCGUCAAAUCGAAAAUCGACAAACAUUUCGUGAAAAUUGUCUCGGAAAUCUUCGACAAAUAUCGAACAACACCAUUAAUGGGAACUGCUACAGCUAUAAGCAGUGCAAUUCCGAAAGAUUGUUUGAAAAGUGGUUUGAUAUCGGAUUGUUUUUCAAUGUUGGAGAGUAAUGAAGUUCCCGAUGAAGCGAUUGAAGCGUUUGUUGACACCGCUUCACAUUUGAAUAUUGAUACGUUAUUUAUGAAAAUAUUAGAAGGAUUGAAUGGUUUGAAAGAUGUUAUGGAACAACAAAAUGCAACAAAGAAAGUGAAACGAUCGAAAUUCGAGGAUUCCCUCGAAAAAGUCUGCAAAUCUUUGACAUUUUUAAAGUUUAUUGUGAAAAGUCAUACAACAAUGACAAUUAUUGCGACAAGAGAAUGUUAUCGAGAUGAAUUGAAGGGUUUUAUGGAGAAAAUUGAUAAUUGUCGAGAUGUUAUUGAUUUGCGAUUGAAGAAUGGCGAAGAAUUGGCGAUUUCGGAUGAUGUUCUCGUUUUGGCACUUCAGUUACGAUUUAUUUUGCCGAUAUAUGUGGCGGCGAGUUUGGUGAGAUUUUGAGUUCUGAAUGGUUUUUUCAACCGACUUAGCCCAAUAUUUUCAAUAAAAUAUAUGUUUUCUAAGGGUUUUUCGACUCGCUUUGUCUAAAAUUGAAGCACUCAGCUCUUAAUUUGAGUUAUGACGUGGCAAAGUUUGAAAAUUUGAGAUUUUAGGAGCUAUCAGAUUAACAUGAACGCUAGUUUUCAGCUCCUCAAACCCCGAUUUUUCGAAAUGUUCAAACUUUGCCACGUCAUAACUCAUAUUAGGAAUUGAGUUCUGCAGUUUUUGAUUGCAGAUUUUUCAUUUUACAGUAGAAAAAUACUCAUUGCGCGGCUUGAACGUGUGUGUCUGAAAAUCCUAAAAAAUUUGACACUUAAAAAAACAAUUCAAAAAACUUUUGGAUUUUUCUGAGCAUUUUUCACUUCUAAAGAAAUUGAUUUUUCAAAAGUUUUCAAGUAUUGCUCAUUUUAAACCAGAAAAAUGUAUUUUUAAAAGAAUUUUUCCAAGCAUUGCUCAUACUAAAUUCCAAUUUCAUGUCCUUCAGAGAGAUUUUGUGAUUUUUAAACCUCAAAUUUCCCUAACUCUCACAUGAAUUCUCCCGAAAAAAAAACAUAUUUCAAUUUUCAAAUCAAAUUUAUCUACAUUUCAACUCAAAACCCGGCUUUCAGACCGAUGACGAUGAAGAAUCCCAAAUCGAACAAAAUCGUCUAAUCGGCCUAAUUCAAUCGCUGCUCUCCUGGUUUCAUUCAAAUGUCUCAACUCAAAUGAAACAUUUCGGCGAACAACAAUACGAAAUUCUUGUCAAAAUAACGAAAGCGGUGUUCGAUUGUGUUGCAGUUUGUUUGACAGCUUGGAAUUUCCGGCAAAAAACCGAGGAGGAAAAUGAGGAGAAUACGACAAAUGUGCCAGAAAUGGUGGCAAGAACUGUUUUAUCGUUUUGUAAUAGUUCGUCACCUAUUGAUUUGUUUGGUCCGAUGAUUAAAACUGCCGCGAUUUUAUGUGAUGAUGAUGUAGGUUUUCAUUUAUUUUUGAAAAAAAUCUGAAAUUUCAAUUGUUUUUUUAGUACGCUGAUUGUCAUGAAGUUAUGGUAAAAGUAUUGAAUUUCGCUCCAAAAUGGCUCAAAAAAUAUUGCGAAGACCUGGAAGAUGACGAGAAAAUCGAAGACGAAAAAGAGAUUUGUGAAUCGCUGAAAUUGUUGUAUCGAAAAGUGUCGGAAACCGAAGAUUGGACGGCAAAUGAGAGUGAUAAAUUUGUUGAGAUGAUCACACUUUUGGCUGUGAUAUUUUUGGUUGAUGAGGCGGACGAAGUGGAAUUUGCGGACCCGAGAAAUGCUGAUUAUGUGCCACCGAAAUGGGUUAAUUUGGUGGUGGCCAAGUUUUUGGCCAAAGAGAAGGUUUUGUUGAGGUGAGGGUUUUUUUUUAUUUUUGAUAAGCCGAAAAGGGCUAACAAGGGAACCUUUUUUACUCAACACUUCAAACCUUGAUGAAAUUUGGUCCAUGGACAGCUUUUGGGGCCAUAAGAACACCCUAAAAUUUUUAGUCUCCCAAUGGACCUCUGAGCCAAGUUCUGGGCUCUCGAAAACUCAAAAAAGGCCUAAAAAUGGUCAUAAAAGUCAUCAUAGCUCCAUUUCAAAAUUUUUUUUGCAAGAAAUAAAGUUUCAGAUAUUGAUCAGCAAAUAUUUUUUCGAAAAAUUUUGAAGUUUUUUAUUUUUCGGCUGAAAAUUCAUGCAAAUUCAUAUGUGCCCCUGCUCAUUCUUUUUUUCAAAAUCAGAAAUUUUUCUGAAAAUUCGAUUUAUUGAUGGUUUUUGGGUAAAACGACCACGCUGAUCAUCAUCUGCUACUCAGUUUUUCAUAAAAUUGAUCGAGAAUUGAGUUAUGACGUGUUUUAUGAGCCAAUUUUGGCAAAUUUCGAACUUUUGAGAGCCCAGAACUUGGCUCAGAGGUCCAUUGGGAGACUAAAAUUUUUAGGGUGUUCUUAUGACCCCAAAAUCUAUCUAUGGACCAAAUUUCAUCAUGAUUUGAAGUGUUGAGUAAAAAAGGUUCCCUUGUAAGCCUAAGGUUUUGGAUAAGCCUAAGCCUAGGCUUUGGGCCAAGCCUAAAUUCUUGGUUAAGCCUAAGGUUUUGGUUGAGCCUAAGCCGAAGCUUCGUGCUAAGCCUAAAAAUUCUUCGUUAGGCCUGAUUUCUUGGUUAAGCCUAAGCCCAAGUAUCCGGAUAGGCCUAAAUUCUUGGUCAAACCUAAGGUUUUGGUUAAGCCUAAGCUCAAGUAUCCGGCUAGGCCUAAAUUCUUGGUCACGCCUAAGGUUUAGGUCAAGCCUAAGGUUUUGGUUAAGCCUAAGCUCAAGUAUCCGGCUAGGCCUAAAUUCUCGGUUAAGCCCAAGCCUUAGUUUAGGCCUAAGCCUAACCUAACUAGUUCAUUCGAAAAAUUUGGUGAAACUGUCAAAUUUUUUAACUUUUUCUCGCUUUCUGCAACCCUAACAUCUUUGAAAAAAAAAUUGUGAAAAUUACGUUUCAAAAUGUUUUGAAAUUUUUUGUGCAGAAAUCUAAAAUAUUACAAUGAAAACCAAUUUCUCCAGAAUCUUCCUCGACUACAUUCCAAAAUUCCUCGAACUCCCGAAAUUCAUUGGAAAUGACAUCGAACCGAACAUCUGCCUCGUUCGACUUUGUGCUCUCAUCCAACUUUUGCGCAUCAUCGCCACCUCCUCUUCCAGCAAAGAAUUCGAGUCGCAAAUUUUGGCGGCAAUUUUGAAGUGUCACGAAAAAGUGGAGGAAAUUAUGAAAAGAACUGGAGAAAAUGAAGUGGAAAAUUAUAUCACUAAUAGUAUUCUCGUCUUAUUGGAUCUCGAAAAAAUUUGA